AUGGGAGCGGGGCAGCUGAUGCCAGCCAAGCAGAUGGUCACCAGUCAAAGCUGACGGCUAGAAUGGCUGCACAGACACAGACUCAGAGCAAGACUCAGAGCUUCAAGAGGAAGCCUGGCCACGCGGACAACGAGCGAUCGACAGGCGACUACAACGAACAAAUAAACAAGCGUCUGCGUACAGUGGAGAGCAGCAAGGACAGAAGUGCAGACAACAGGCCGAGCGACGCCCAGCAGGAUUCUGAGCUGUACGAGCACAUCAAACAGGGAGAGACGGCCUACGACACUCAGACAUACGAUGUGGCAAGUGCAGACCAGCAGAAAGCAGCGGGGCCUCAGCAGGACCAGGAUCAGAAAGAUGAGGAUGUUGCCAUGGAAACAGAGGACCAGGAAGAGGACCUCCGUGUCGCUGAUGUUCAGGAGCUGAAGCCUGAGCAGCUGGAUUCAACCAAGGCCUCCCAGAAAGGUGUAGACAGUGGGGAGAUGGACGUGCAGAGGCAGGGCGAGGAGGAGGAGGACCAGGAGAGAUGGAAGGACCGCCAGCGUCUCGCAGAAGAUAGGCGAGCAGAGAGAAGCACAGAAUCCACAAUUCACACUAUUCCUGAGCUGCUGAUGGACACCAUGGAGAAAGCAGAGAGAGACCCAGAGGAGAUCAGGAGGGAGAUGGAGCUGCAGCUGGAGGCCUGGCACAAACUGGCUCCAGGAACUCAGGAGGAGGAGAGUGCAGCUGCCUCCAUGUGGCAUCAGUACCAGACCCUGACCUCCGCUCUGUCCCAGCAGCUGUGUGAGCAGCUCCGCCUCAUCCUGGAGCCCACACAGGCCGCCAAGCUCAAAGGAGAUUACCGCACAGGGAAGCGUCUGAACAUGAGGAAGGUCAUCCCCUACAUCGCCAGUCAGUUCCGCAAAGACAAGAUCUGGCUGAGGAGGACCAAGCCAAGUAAGAGGGAGUACCAUGUCUGUCUGGCUGUGGAUGACUCCUCCAGUAUGGUGGACAACCACUCCAAACAGGUGACAGAGCCCCGUCAUCUGGCGUUUGAAUCCCUGUCGGUGAUCAUCAACGCUCUCACUCUACUGGAGCUGCUCCACCCCUUCCAGCAGCAGUUCAACGACGAGUCCGGGGCUCGGAUCCUCCGACUGUGUCAGUUCCAGCAGAAGAAGACCAGAAUAGCUCAGUUUAUGGAGACUUCCACCAAAAUGUUUCUCGCAGCUCGGCAGCAGAUUCCAGGAUCUGUAAACUCAGACACGGCCCAGCUGCUGGUCAUCGUCUCUGACGGAAGGGGUCUCUUCCUGGAGGGGAAGGAGCGGGUGACGGCAGCAGUGCGAGCAGCUCGCAGCGCAAAUGUGUUUGUCAUCUUCGUGGUUCUCGACAACCCCAACUCACGGGACUCCAUCCUCGACAUCAAGGUCCCCAUAUUCAAAGGGCCGGGGGAACUCCCAGAGAUCCGCACCUACAUGGAGGAGUUCCCCUUCCCCUUCUACGUCAUCCUGCGAGACGUCAACGCCCUGCCGGAGACGCUGAGCGACGCUCUCAGGCAGUGGUUUGAACUGGUCACGGCAGCCGACCAAUGAGAAGCCAUCUUUCACACAAAGGGAAGAAGUGUGCGGCGACCCACUGCACAAUGCCACUCUGCUGCUAAGCUUCUCAGCCAGAACUGAAAAUCAACAGAACAAAAAAAUAAAACAGAAGACGGAUUUACCGCUGUACAUGUGCCUUUAUUUUCCUAUUUUUACUGUAGAUUUUAGUAGAGUUUAAUAGCAACCUUUGCUGAUUUAUCUUUGUUAUCAGAAGAAUUGUGUUUCUUUUCUAAUGUAGCGAGGAUUGCUUUAACUUGCACGUCUCAGAUGAAGCGAUAGAAGUAAAAUUGUGAUUUCAUUGCGUGUGAACCACCUCAGUGAAGGGUCAGUAAAUACCUCUGUCCACCUUGUACAAUACCCCCAGACCGUCUGUUUGUCCGUGUGGAUGGGACAGUCAGUGCUGCAGAGAUCGUCCAGUCAUCCAUGUGUGAACAUGACAGACGUGCAGAGCUGUGCUUUGUGUAAAAUGGACGUCACGACCUACAGUAGCAUGUUGUCGUGGUCGUGACUGAGGAACUCCUAAAUGUGCCUUGGAGAGGAGAACAGUGUUGCAUCUCCCUCCACAGCUGGAUCAGCUGCUGGUUGAGGAGUCGGAGGCCACAGCUCUGUCACCGAUUUUUUAGAAACUCUGAUCUCACACACUUUGAAGCACAACGACAGUUCCGCAGAUUCCAGUUUUGAGUGAAUGCCCCAGAAUUAACCAGCGUGUGUGGUUUGAAGAUGACACAUCUGCUGAGCGACGGCUCAUCAACGUGUCUGUUAGGACUAGAUGAAAUGUGCAUUGAAAUGUUUCUCAUCACCUCUGUGUUUCGUAGCGUACAUGUAAGUGUCAGAAGACACUGGCCAUUUUUAAGAGCAUCCAUCUGUUAAAUCAUGACACGAAUGAUCCUGACAAUAAACUGUUUAAAAAGUA